AUGAACUCCGUCCACAGCCUGAUUGACGCUCCUCCACCAGCGGCCCAGCUGGGAGCCCAGGCCGGCGUUCACAUCCACGACUACGCGCAGGAACAGCCUCACGCGCACAGCCUGCAGCGCCUGGCCUCUCCGCCUCCGGGCCCGGCGUCGGCCCCGGCCGUGGCGGGCCUCUCGCUGUCUCCCACGGCGCCCGCCUCGGCCCCGACGCCAGCUCACACGCCGCGGCCAGAUGACCUGCACGCGCGGCAUCUGCCUCCGCCGUCCACGCCGUCCAUGGCACACUACGUCUCCAUCGCCUCGCCGCCGCUGAGACAGGACACGGGCUCGUCAGUCUCCACGCAGGCCACCACGGCUACCCUGGCCUCUACUGAGACCAACAACACAUCGUACAGUGCCGACACCUCCCCUAACCCGCACCAGUCCAUUUUCUCCCUCAAGGAUGGCUCCGACGUCUCUAACAGCCGUCGAACCAGCAGGAGACGUACCGGCCCCCUAUCUCAGCAGUCAAGAGAGCGGGCCGCCCUCAUCAGAAAGUUAGGAGCCUGCGUCGACUGUCGCCGCAGGAGAGUUGCCGUAAGUCACAGCCAUGGCCCCGACCGACCAGCGUCAUAUGCAGCCGAGGCUGACCCCGUGCUUCUCGCUUUGCAGUGCCACCCAAGCCACCAUAACAUGACUUGGGAAGACGUCGUAACCAAGUUUCACCACAGGCCGCACAGCCCGGCCGUCCAGGACAUUGCGCCCUCGCUGCCCGCCGGCCGGCCUCUCAGCCCCGCAACAAGCCUCAGCACGGCUCAGCCCGUCUUCACUCACGAUCCUCAGGAGAUGGACGUUGAUCCCAGCUCUGCGCCUAGCCACCACCAUCAGCCUGGCCGGCCCCCCCUGAGCGAGGCUCGUAUCCGCACCCCUCUGCCCGCUGGCCCCAGACUGGAAAAGUCACUUUCCUUGCCGGGCAUUGAGAGUCUCAAAAACGAGAUGCAGAAUAAUGCUGCGCGCAUGCUCUCUGCCACUACUCGCGGCCGGUACAACUCGGUCCAGGCUCUUUUAUUGUUCUGGCAAGAUGAUGAUGAAGCGCUAUCGGUCCGGAACGCGGUCGGAGAACUAGCUGACGUCUUUGACAAGUACUAUCAUUAUACGUUUCAAAUCCAGGUUAUUCCUUCCUCUUCAGAGAGCUGUAAAAGCUCAUGGAGAUGGCUGUCGCGCACACUCAACGACUUUGCCGAGGAGCGCGAUCAGCGUGAUGUUCUCAAGAUUGUCUAUUACAUAGGCCACACUUAUCUCGAUGGAAAUCGCGACAUGGUUUUGGCAAGCUCAAAAGAUGCUGAAAGAGCUUCCACUAUUCGUUGGAGCGGCAUGCAGCAGAUUCUCGAGGAGGCAUGCGCGGACACUCUCAUCAUCAUGGAUGCCGCGUAUUUUCCUCCGGCUAGAAUCGUAAGACAGCAAGGCGUACUGGAAAUCAUCGCGGCGUCUUUAUCAGAAGACCAUCUCACCGCUCUGGAUCGGUGUGCCUUUACCAGGGCUCUCGCUGACCAGCUACGUACGCGUGCAGCGCGCCAGACGCCGCUUUCAGUGGUCGAACUGCACUCGAUACUUCUGGCCCUGUACCCCAAGCUGGCUCGGGAUCGCACACCUGAGAGAGAGAUCAUAACGAGCUUUCCCGCCCCACUGCAUACCAUGAUGUCUGGAAAUUCAAGGCUGCCUUCGAUAUUUCUCUCGCCAGUUCAACAGAGCAGCCCUCUACGGAGCAGCUUUUCUUACGAGAAUAGCCCCCAGCUACACUUGGCUAUCAAACUAAACGACGACAACGUUGACAUUGACAGCUGGAACGAAUGGCUACGAAUGAUGCCUGAAGGAAUUAAGGAUAUCAAGAUUGAUGGUCCGUUUCGGACAACAUUCAGGUAG